AUGGCAACAUUGGCGCUAGCCUCUUGGGCAACGAACCUGACAUAUAGCGACCUCACUACUUCAGUGGUAGACUCAGCCGUGAAAAGCAUAUACAAUUGGGCUGGUUGUGCAAUUGGCGGGUACGGCCAGGACGCACCUAGCAUCGCACAGGCAACCACACAAGCCUUCUUCGGCGGACCGCCGACGUCUAGUAUUCUUGGCUCAAACGGGUCCAUUGGAGAUACAUAUGCGGAUGCCCAGUUGGCGGCGCUGAUUAAUGGCAUUGCGUCUCACAUUGACGACUAUGAUGACACGCAUCUCGAGACGAUUAUACAUCCUACCGGGGUGGUAGCCAGCGCCCUUUUGGCAGUGGCAGAGUGGCAGGGCCCCGUCACGGGCGAGGACUUUAUCACUGCUCUUGUCGCCGGCAUCGAGGCGGAAUGCAAAUUGGGACUGAGCGUCUAUCCACAGCAUUACGACAUUGGCUGGCACAUUACCAGCACGACAGGAUCGAUAGGGGCCGCGGUCGCAGUCGGAAAGCUCAUUGGCCUCAACACGACGCAGAUGCAAAACGCGAUUGGCGUUGCCUCGACCCAAGUUGUCGGCAUGCAAGUCUUCUUUGGCUCCAUGACCAAGUCUUUCCACGUCGGGCGCGCUACCCAAGGCGGAAUGCUGGGGGCCCUUCUCGCGAAGAAUGGAUAUACGAGUUCUCUCGAAGCCCUCGAGGCCGAGUACGGUUGGCUGCACGUCGUGAGCACUAGGGAGAAUGCCACAGCGUACUUUGAUCAGCUCGGCAAGGUCUGGGAAAUUGAAAAGAAUACAUUCAAGCCCUUCCCUUGCGGCAUUGUCAUGCAUCCGACCAUUGACGGCGCUAUCCAAAUCCACAACGAGUCGGCGAGCCAGGGCAAAUCUGUUUCUUCCAUCAAGAGCAUCAACCUAGUGGUAAACUCUCAAGUUCUGGUCUUGACUGGGAAAACCGCGCCGACGACGGGCUUGGAGGGCAAAUUUAGUAUUUACCAUGCAGCGGCCGUCGGGCUCCUCUACGGAGAAGCGACACCCAGCCAAUUCACUGACGAGGUUGUCAACAAUGCCACGGUCGUGGCCAUGCGACAAAAGGUCAACGUUACCACCAAUGACGCCGAAUACAACACUGCCCAAGCUCUGGUGACUGUCGAGUUUGACGACGGGAGCACUGUCGAGAAAAACAUUGUGCACGCCAUUGGCAGUCUCGAGAAUCCAAUGACAGAGGCUGAUCUCAAAAAGAAAUUCAUUGACCAAGUGACCAAGCAGAUAGGGCCAGCCAGAGCAGAGAAGGCGUAUGCAGCAUUUACCAACAUUGGAAAUAUGACGGAUAUAGGUGCACUACGGACGCUCUAUUAA